AUGUCCGCCCCACAUGACGCUUUUGUCCUCGGGGUCGGUCUAACCAAGUUCCUCAAACCACGCCAACUGAGACCGUAUCCUGAGCUCGGCUUUGAAGCAGGAACGAAGGCACUCCUUGAUGCCCACAUCAACUAUGAUGAAGUCGAAGCUGGAAUCGCUUGUUACGCGUACGGCGAGACAACUUCCGGUCAGCGUGUCUUCUAUCAAUUUGGCAUGACCAAUAUACCAGUCUAUAAUACCAACAAUGCUUGUGCCACUGGAAGUACGGGCCUUCACCUCGCACGCUCGCUGAUCCGUGGAGGGAUCUAUGAUGUCGUCAUGGUAAUCGGCUUCGAGACAAUGCAGGCAGGAGCCAUCAAGGCCGAUAACGGAGACGGACGUCCAAGUGCGCUCGGUCUUAUGACUCGGAUGAUGGAAGAGACGAGAGGAAAACAUGACAGCGCGAGAAACGUACAGUUCUUUGCAAAUGCCGGACGACAGUAUAUGGAGGAGCAUGGCGCCUCUGCACGAGAUUUUGCUGAAAUUGCCCGGAUCUCGCACCAGCAUUCGUCCCGCAAUCCUUAUGCCCAGUUCAACACAGUUUACAGCCUCGAGGAAAUCGAACAGUCGCCAAUGAUUCACCCGCCUCUCACGAAGCUGCAGUGCAGCCCAACCUCUGAUGGUGCCGGAUCUGCGAUUCUUGUCUCGCGACGAUAUCUUCAAUCUCGCCACCCGGAAUUGCAAACACACGCUGUUUUCAUGGCUGGCCAGGCUCUGAUGACUGACUCCCCCGAGCUUUACUCUGGGAACGCGAUCGAUCUGGUAGGAAAUGAUAUGACCCGUCGCACAACGCAAGCAGCGCUUGCAGAAGCAGGCGUUCAAGCAAGCGACAUUCACGUCUGCGAGAUUCACGAUUGUUUCAGCACCAAUGAACUCAUUCUCCUCGAAGGACUAGGCUUUUGCGACGCGGGUCAAGCACAUCAUAUGGUGCGGAGAGGGGAUAUCACUUAUGGGGGUAAAGUGGUGGUGAACCCUUCUGGUGGACUAAUCAGCAAAGGCCACCCACUUGGAGCAACAGGACUUGCGCAGUGCGCUGAGCUGGUCUGGCAACUGCGUGGCUGGGCAAACAACGGGAGACUGGUCCCUAAUGUUGGGGUUGCGUUGCAACAUAAUUUGGGGCUGGGUGGAGCAGUGGUCGUGACGAUAUACAAGAGAGCGGAUGGACGAAAGAACACCGACAUUGACGUGAGGCAAAGCGAGGAGGAGAUUGCCCGGCUCAGUGGCAUGGGAUACAAUCCGGCGGUAGAGGCUCGAACAAUCACAAGCCAGAUGGCAGAGAAAGUCCGAAGCCGGCGGAGGAAUGAUUACGCCUUGGGCGAAACGGCGCAUGUCUUGCACCAUACAGAAGCCAAACUGUAA